CCCCCCCCCCCCCCCCCCCAUUUUUGGAAGUGAGACGUGACAAUAUUGUAAGUUUGUUUUGAAAUGUGCAUAAAAUAGUGACCUGGGUGAACUCCAUAACUCCAUGCAUUUUUCGUCUAAAUGAUUAGGACAAGAGGUUAGGGAUUGUACUGAUGCUCUUUUUAAGAUUUGAAAUGUAGAUUAGGGUAUGUUAGCUUUGUGUUAUUGUUUAUGAUUGAGUUUGGUAAUGCUGUAUUCUCUUGUUUAUAGGCUGUUCUUUGCUAAGGAAUUGUAUGUGUUAUUUUUCUUAAGAUAUUUUGUAAUUUAUCAAUGGCUCUCUAAUAAUACUUCAAGUUUGAUGAUAAUUAUAAAUAAUGUAAUGGAAACAGAGAGUAAAGCCUUUUUUCGAUCUGUUAAUUGAAUUGUGAGGCCUGGUAGAUGGCAUUUGGUGCAGGUUGCUCAGUAUUCUUUUAUUGUGUUUUUUUUUUAAUCCUCUUUUGUAAGAUCCUCAGGUGUGUUCUUCCUGUUUAGCAGAGUCUGUUUUAAGAUGUUUAUCUGUUUUAUAUCACGCAUCUCGGUUGGGCGUUGAGCCGAGGCAAAAGAGGACGACGUAGAGUGGACUGCUACGACGCGGAUGUGUGGAGCUGCACAUUGGCAAUCUCCGCUGCCGGCUAGCCUUCUACACCGAUGGAGUGGACGGUGGAUCCAGCGCCUGAAUUCCCUCAUCCCUCACGAUGCCGCUGCGAAGCGGGUGGACUGUACGCGCUUGACCCAUGGCCGCUUUGACUUUUCCCGGUUUUCCCUGAUCGUAUCAACCCAGGUCUUGUUAUCAACACGUUGCCUCUGUUGUAGUCGUUCUUUGGCUACACUGCUACGUGUGUACCUGCCUACAAUACUUCUAGCUUUACUUAACAGUCUGUCAACUCCUGGUAUUUCCUGCUUUGCAUCCUUGAUGCACAGCUUUAAUGUGUGGGCAAGACAUUGUGGAUGGGUCCGAGAUGAUUUUGAAGACACUGGAGACACAAAAAUACAGUGAAGUGUGUAUACAUAAUAAAAUGGCAGCGAUAUUGAGACGGUUGGACUUAAUUGACGACAUUGAGAGACAAGAGGGGCGUCAAAAGAUUAAGCUGCUGCGACGGGGGAUUCGGGACAUCCUAAAUCCAUUCACAGAAAUGGAAGAAGAACAAUUCAGGGUCACUUACAGGUUACCUCCUGUCUUAGCACUAGAACUAACACAGAUUUUGAAGCUGCAUUUAAGAAGUCCGAUGCGAAUAAUGUGCAUUUCGGAGGAAAUAAAAGUACUUAUUGCUCUUCAAUUUUAUGCAAGUGGCUCGUACCAGAAGUGUGUUGGUGAUAGCGUGCUGACGUGUGUAAGCCAACCCUCAGUUAGUCGAGCCAUCCGAAAUGUCACAAGGGCAAUCAAUACUGCCAUGUUGAACAACUGGGUUUACUUCCCAGAUAAUGAAAACGAGUUGCAACUGAACAAACAAAGGUUCAUGGAAACAACAGGCUUUCCAGGUGUAAUGGGAGCAGUGGACUGCACACAUGUUCUCAUUAUUUCUCCAACUGGCGAUGAGGAAGCAGUAUACGUGGACAGGAAACACAACCACUCCCUUAAUGUUCAGCUUAUCUGCAAUUACGACAUGCUUGUCAUGGAUGUCAACGCCAGAUAUCCUGGCAGUACACACGAUGCAGCUAUCUGGAGGCUGUGCAAUGUGAAGAGGACUUUGAUGAGGCGCUACAGAAAUGGAGACACCAAUUCAUGGAUACUGGGUGAUUCUGGAUAUCCACUUGAACCGUGGUUACUGACACCAAUUCUUCAUGCUCCAGAUGGAACGCCAGAAGCAAUAUACACGACGGGUCAUUGUAGUGCUCGAUGUGCAAUAGAGAGAUGUAACGGGUUGCUCAAAAGUAGAUUUCGAUGUUUAUCGAAAGCUAGGCAAUUGAAUUAUGCACCACACACUGCAGCGCUAAUAGUCAAUGCAUGUGUGGUACUGCACAACUUUUGUGUUAGAAACAAAUUGCCUCUGUAUCUCACUGUUGGUGAACAACCAGUGCCAGACAUCGAAGGGAUUUACCAGGAUCAAUAUGAGGCAGAUCAUGAGAUUGAUAUUCAAAAUGAUGGAUGACAGACAGUUGAUCUCCUUAUCAGGAGAUAUUUUCAGUAAUUUAUUAAGUUAGCAAAACUAUAUAAGUAAAGAUAUUUUUCAAUAAUGUGAUUUUUAAUGUACUUACUAAACAAUCCUGGGGGUCAAAAUUUUCCAUAUUACCAUUUUUAAUAAGAAAAAAAAACAGUUAUGUAAUGUUUUGUGUGCUAUGUACACAUUGAAUACAAAAUGUUGCAAUCAAAUUUUGAAGGAAUGUUCAAUACUUUGCUAAUUGUUUUAGUAUCGGCAGUUUUCAUUGUAGAUAAAAUAGAUACAAUACUUACCAACUUUUACAAUCUCUAGAAUAAAAAGUAUGUACAGAAGUUUGGGCUUGUGUACACUUUUAAAAACAUGGUUUAAUUUACUACUUUUGAUAAUGUCAUGGAAGUUGUUACGGCAGCAGAUUGUACAUUUCUCAUUUACCAUGUGUGCACUCCGUAGGGUGUGCGAUCACAUUGGUCACGUGUCCCCUUAAUACUGCAAACUUUGGGGCGACUGAAUUGCGCCCCAUUGGAAAGGGCGCCUUUCAGGUUUUUUCGAGCACACACACAAUUAUUUAAAUCCUGAUAGGCUGCCUUUCCAGAGUUGGCUGUUCGCUUUGCUUUAAGCGAAAGAAAACCCUGAAUUGUGCCCCAUCGGUAAGGCCGCCUUUCAGGUUUUUUCCUUGUACGCAUACAGUCCGUAAAAUCCUGAUGGGCUGCCUUUCCAGAGUUGGCUGUUCGCCUUGUUUUAAGCGAAAGAAAACCCUGAAUUGUGCCCCAUCGGAAAGGCCGCCUUUCAGGUUUUUUCCUUGUACGCAUACAGUUCGUAAAAUCCUGAUGGGCUGCCUUUCCAGAGUUGGCUGUUCGCCUUGUUUUAAGCGAAAGAAAACCCUGAAUUGUGCCCCAUCGGAAAGGCUCCCUUUCAGAAAUUUUUAGUUUUCGUUAGAUCGUUGUGGGCACUGAAUUUCGCCCCAUCGGAAAGGCCGCCUUUCAGGUUUUUUCCUUGUACGCAUACAGUUUGUAUAAUCCUGAUGGGCUGCCUUUCCAGAGUUGGCUGUUCGCUCUGUUUUAAGCGAAAGAAAACCCUGAAUUUCGCCCCAUCGGAAAGGCCGCCUUUCAGGUUUUUCCUUGUACGCAUACAGUUCGUAAAAUCCUGAUGGGCUGCCUUUCCAGAGUUGGCUGUUCGCUCUGUUUUAAGCGAAAGAAAACCCUGAAUUUCGCCCCAUCGGAAAGGCCGCCUUUCAGGUUUUUUCUUUGUACGCAUACAGUUCGUAAAAUCCUGAUGGGCUGCCUUUCCAGAGUUGGCUGUUCGCUCUGUUUUAAGCGAAAGAAAACCCUGAAUUUCGCCCCAUCGGAAAGGCCGCCUUUCAGGUUUUUCCUUGUACGCAUACAGUUCGUAAAAUCCUGAUGGGCUGCCUUUCCAGAGUUGGCUGUUCGCUCUGUUUUAAGCGAAAGAAAACCCUGAAUUUCGCCCCAUCGGAAAGGCCGCCUUUCAGGUUUUUUCUUUGUACGCAUACAGUUCGUAAAAUCCUGAUGGGCUGCCUUUCCAGAGUUGGCUGUUCGCUCUGUUUUAAGCGAAAGAAAACCCUGAAUUUCGCCCCAUCGGAAAGGCCGCCUUUCAGGUUUUUCCUUGUACGCAUACAGUUCGUAAAAUCCUGAUGGGCUGCCUUUCCAGAGUUGGCUGUUCGCUCUGUUUUAAGCGAAAGAAAACCCUGAAUUUCGCCCCAUCGGAAAGGCCGCCUUUCAGGUUUUUCCUUGUACGCAUACAGUUCGUAAAAUCCUGAUGGGCUGCCUUUCCAGAGUUGGCUGUUCGCUCUGUUUUAAGCGAAAGAAAACCCUGAAUUGUGCCCCAUCGGAAAGGCCGCCUUUUAGGUUUUUUUCUUGUACGCAAUCAGCUCGUAAACUCCUGAUGGGUUACUCAGACAGUUUAUACUCUUUAUUUUAUUCCAAGACAAUUUUGAAUUGUCCCCUAUUGUUGAAUGAUCGGCGCAGAUAAAACCCUUUUACGCUCAAAAUGCAAUCAAUGUAUGUCUAUACAAAUUAAUAUUCAACUUAUGGUGUACGACAAAACGAACAAUUUUAGUUUCCUUGUAAUAUUUUAUUUAAACAUUAUAGUUAUCUGCUGACUGAUGUCUACCAUCAGAAACAAAAUCGAUGCUUAUACAAUCGCCCAAGAGAGCAUAAAGCUAUACGUGAAGGAAAUGCAACGUAAAUAAAAUUAUAAUACAACUUAUUGCUAGGUACUAUUACAGAAUAAGACCACGGGGCAUGAGGACAUCCAGUGGGCAUUACAGUGACUUGUACGGCCGUAGAUGUACACACAGGCACAAGACAGCUUUGUUUUUGACAUUCGGUGAGGGAUAGUAGAGAGCUUUUAUAAAGAUUGCCGUGACAACUUGUCUAUGUUCUUGCGGGUUUGUGGAAGUAGUGUUGCAUUUAGUGGGAUUUAAACUGUGUAACGCAGAAGGCCUACUGACCAUAGUUCUAAUCUAGGUUUUUUGCACCCAUGAAUGUGAAGCCAUGUAAAGUUAAUGUAAUAGAAAAAAGUUUAAAAUAAUCAAAAUGAAUAAGUCUAUGUGAAAGCGUCUGAGUGCCUGAUUAUGGCCAGUAAUUAUAACAUACAAAAUGAAGUGUACUCACCGAUAAACUAAGCUCUAAGCUCUCU